UGGUGAUUUAGCCGUGGCUAGCAUGCCGCACCAGUACGGCGGCGGCGCGGGCGGUGCGUCGCCGCCAGCGCCGGUGGGCGCGUACCCUCGCUACGCCAGCGCAGCUGGUCCUGGCGCCGGCGCCUAUCGUCCUGAAGAACGACGUCUCACCCGUGAGGCCAUGGAGAGAUAUUUACGUGAUCGCUCUGAUAUGGUAGUUGUAAUUUUACAUGCAAAAGUAGCACAGAAAUCUUAUGGAAAUGAAAAACGUUUUUUUUGCCCGCCUCCAUGUAUAUACCUCUUUGGUGAUGGGUGGCGCCUCCGGCGAGAGCGCAUGCUAAGAGAGGGAGAAACGGAACAGGCAGCUCAGCUGUGUGCAUUCAUUGGGAUUGGUAAUUCAGACCAAGACAUGCAACAAUUGGAUCUCAAUAAUGGUAAACAGUAUUGUGCUGCAAAAACCUUGUACAUAUCUGAUUCAGAUAAACGAAAACACUUUAUGCUAUCUGUAAAAAUGUUCUAUGGAAAUGGACAUGAUAUUGGUAUAUUCAACAGUAAAAGAAUUAAAGUAAUUUCAAAGCCUUCCAAAAAGAAACAGUCAUUAAAAAAUGCUGACUUAUGCAUAGCUAGUGGAACAAAGGUAGCUCUAUUUAACAGACUAAGGUCACAGACAGUGUCAACCAGAUAUCUGCAUGUGGAAAAUGGUAAUUUUCAUGCAUCAUCUACCCAAUGGGGGGCAUUUACUAUUCAUCUACUGGAUGAUAAUGAGAGUGAGUCUGAAGAGUUUGCAGUGAGAGAUGGAUAUGUUCACUAUGGAUCUACAGUAAAACUAGUCUGUUCUGUCACUGGUAUGGCUUUACCAAGGCUUAUUAUUAGAAAGGUAGAUAAACAAAUGGCUUUACUAGAGGCUGAUGAUCCAGUAUCGCAGCUACACAAAUGUGCUUUUUAUAUGAAGGAUACGGAGAGAAUGUAUCUAUGCCUAUCCCAGGAACGAAUUAUACAGUUCCAGGCAACUCCAUGCCCUAAAGAACCCAAUAAGGAAAUGAUAAAUGAUGGAGCUUGCUGGACCAUAAUUUCGACUGAUAAGGCUGAAUACCAAUUUUAUGAAGGAAUGGGACCCGUUAGGUCACCAGUAACACCGGUACCCUUGGUGCACUCAUUAAAUCUCAACGGGGGUGGCGAUGUUGCCAUGUUAGAAUUGGCUGGAGAUAAUUUCACACCGUCCUUACAAGUGUGGUUUGGUGAUGUCGAAGCGGAGACAAUGUACAGAUGUGCUGAAUCCAUGCUGUGCGUAGUUCCAGAUAUAUCACAAUUCAGAGGGCAGUGGCUGUGGGUCCGGCAGCCUACGCAGGUUCCUGUGUCGUUAGUUCGCAACGACGGUAUAAUAUACGCAACGGGGUUGACGUUCACGUACACGCCGGAGCCGGCGCCGCGGCCGGUGUGCCCGCCGGUCGAUGACGUCAUGCGGCCGGACUCCGCCUGGCACGAUCACCGCCUGCCGGACAACACGCUGCAAUAGCACAACUCCUGCAGGCUGCUCCAGUCUGCAGUGAUACCCAAAGACUAUAGUCCGACUAGGUGAGUCAGAUCCUAGUACGCGUCAUCAGUGCCUCUUUUCUAUCGUACGAUCCAGUGUGCUUGGCGCGAGUUUUUUAACGUUCUCGAUAGCGUAAAAGUUAACUCAACUUAGUAUGCAGUUGGGACAGCACCUCUAGCGGCAAACGUAGGCCCUACGUUCUAAUUCCAUACAAAUUUGACUUAACUUUUACGCUAUCGAGAACGUUAAAAAACUCACAUUAAGCACACUGAGGUCUUCAUUGUUUUCGUACGAAUAUCAAAAAGAUUUUGGUUUGUGUGAUUAUAUGAAGUUUUUUUUUCUUUUCAUACUCUGUCACGCGGUUUCUAUAACUCGUCCAAAAUGUUCGUAAGAUACUAUAGUUUAAUGUAAUUAAGUGAUGUCUGGAAAAGUUAGACGGUCUUAGAGUUUGCAGUGAAACGUCGUAUUGAAUAUGAUUACGAAGAUCAUGUUACAAUCGAUAUAAUAGAACUUGUUUAUAAAAUGUCAGUAAUGGUUGCCUGAGUCAAUUGCUUCAAUUAUGAAAGGACGUAUGUAAAAAAGUAUAUUUAAUUGUAAGUAAUAUUUUAAUAUACAGGAUGUAAGGGAAUCACCCUCGAAGCUGAAAAUCGUGAUACUUUCUUUAAUAGAUUCGCAAUAACAAAAUUUAAAUAAUAUAAUUUCAUAAUCUGACAUUCCACGAGCCGGCGGUGUAAAACGUACAACACUAAGGAGUCAGUAAAGCUCAAAAGUUAUUUAACUAAAACUCGAUUUUUCCUAAAUUUAGGUUAACUAAAAUAUUAUCAUUUAAUAGGUAGCGAAUAGUCAGUCACUGUUAGUUGAAUUGUGGACGAUCGAAUUUUGUACGCUUAAUAUUGCUCGAACGGCUCAGUUGACUAAAAAUACUAAUUCGCGACAUUAUAUCGCUUCUUAACUUAUGUUAGAAGAGAAAAGAGAGGGUAGAAUUUCAUUGAGGACGUUUUCUGGCGGUUUCAAUGUCGUUGUUUGCAACUUAGUUUAUCUUAGAUAUUGGAUAGUUGGACACACUUUGGGGAUGCUUAAACGACAAAGGGAAGAUCUUCCACCGAGCGGGUGAUAUUUGCUCGGUAGACCGACGGUCCGAAUGUUGUUGUUCGGAACUUGUAUAAUAUAUGCAGGCUUAUCUUGAAAAUGCCGUAAGCGAGAUUCAGGCAUCUGUCAAAUAUCUUGCGUUGUAUGAUGGCUACCCGCCACAUCAUCUUCACACAAGAUUUUCCCAUUGUCGUUUAAGCAUCCCCAAACACAUCUUUUCCCGGAAUUUAAUUUAAUUCGACGAUAAUAACCACAUUUUUUACUGCAACAUUCCGAAUUCUAAUUGAUUCUAAUUAAUGUAUUACAGAUAAAUUAAUUACACUAAGAAUGAAUAUAACAAAUAAUUAAUGAAUCAAAUGAAAUGAAAUCAAAUAAUAAUGAAUGAUCGAUUAUAGGAAAUUUUCUUUAAGUAAUUAAUCUAGAAAUUAUGAAUAAGCGUCGAGAUAUCGAGACCCCUGAGAAAGAAAUAAAAUUGAUUUUUUUUUAGCAAAAGUGACGUUGAAUUAGCAAAUAAAUUAUUUUUCGGUUUUAUCAAAGUAUUAUAGUGCCUACCUAUAUAUUUUAUAACCAUUGUUUCGGCUUCAGAAGCGGCUCCCUUACAGCCUGCGUAGACGAGAUUAUAACACCAAAUUAUUAUUAAGAAGGACUAUCGUGGGAAAAGUUUUUAUAUGAAUAUUAAAAUUUUAUUCGAAGAUAUGACGCAAAUAGAAUAGAUAACGUUGUUGGGGAUACUCAAAGUCGUAUUUGUGUAUACGAUUAAAAUUUUACGAUAAAAACUAUUGAGCGAAGAAAAAAAAAAGCAUUUGGAAUAUUGUUGCUAGAGCACGUUGCUUUUUAGAUUAAUCUGUUUAAUUUGUUUUCACGCAAAUGAAACCGGAUACGCUAGAAUAUUCUUAAAAAUAUAUUCACGUAUUUGGAUUAAAGAAAAUGUGUUUGAUCACUGGAAUCUAUCGCCUUUAUUUGAACUUGUAACAUUAAAUAAAUAUAAUAAAGUUACAAACUUUAGUAUUUUAUGUGACAUAAUCGUCAUGGUUCCUACGUACGUACAUAAUUACGUAUUUUUAAAAUCAUUUAAAGUACACGAAAUCUAUAUUAUUUGUAUUUUUUAAUCUGGUUUUAAUCUGUCUAAACAGUUCGAUCUCUUUAUAAUUUUGUUUCGUCGGGGCCAAAUAGUUUUAAAAUAUCCAUGACAAGUCAUUAUGUUUUCUUUACUUUAGUUUUGGUAAAGGAAUUUAGACUCACUACCGAGAUUGAUUUAGGAUGUAAUUUAAAAAUUAAGUCCUAGUUAAAUAUAGGCUAGUUUCAACUGCAAGGAAAAGCCAAAUAAGUAAUUUAUAUCUCGGAAAAAUCUUAUUUUAUUCAUAGUACUAUACGUUCUAUCUGUAACAUUAUUUCUUGUCUCUGUUUGUUACUAUGAAAGUAAAACAGAUACAGAUUUUUUUUUUAAAUGUUUAUUUACACAUAGUGUUUUUCAUUUUAGGUAUUUGAUAUUUUUCGUCAUGCAUAAAUAAUUCA